AUGCCCGACCCAAGCUGUGCUGCUCCGAUAGUUGCUACUGUGCUGAAAAUGACCUAUGGAGGACUGGUUGCAGCAGAGACCCAAUUCUUGGCGUUAAAUGAGGCUCCAGCCAGGUGUGAGGAGACUCCCAGAGAGGAGGAGGGGCCACGAGUGAUCCCAACUCUGCCGGGGCCCGCCCCCACCCCGAGCCACUCCCACCAGAAGGAGCACACAGAAGAUCAAAGACUACAGUUGCUGGAAUGUGAGCUGAGCAAGAAGAGAAAAGAAUGUGAAAACUUGGAACAUGAAGUUAGGAAGAGACAGAAGGGAUGUCUGGAUUUGGAGAGCCAGCUUGAGGAUGAGCGAGGCAAAAAUGGGCAUCUAGAGGAGGAGGCAGAUCUCCUCCGGAGGAAGGCACAGCUGCUCGACCAGACCUGGGUUGAGAAUGAGGAGCUGAGAGAACACCUCUCUGAAGUGACCGCUCAACGUGAUUCAGGUCUCAAGGAGAACCAGAGACUCCGUGUCAAACUGGAGAACCUGGAGCAGGUCCUAAAGCAUAUGCGAGAGGUCGCCGAGCGAAGGCAGCAGCUGGAACUAGAACAUGAGCAGGCACUGGCUAUCCUCAAGUUCAAACAGAAUGAGAUCAAACGACUACAGCGGGCAGAGUUUUUUGCCAAGAGGGAGCAUGAGGGAGUGGUACAGAUGCUGGAGACUACAUUGGACUCCAUGCAGUCUAAGGUGCGGGAGUUGGAGGAUAAGUGUCAUAGCCAGAGUGAACAGUUCAGCCUGCUCAGCCAUGAGCUGGAGACCUUCAGACUACAGGCUGGCAAACUGGACCUGUCUGGCUCCACCAUCCUCACUAACCCCCUCUCUCAUCUGACCAACGGGGUGGGCCUCACCGGAGAUGUGGCAGCAACUCUACGGAUGGGGGCCACCCCUCACGCUACGGGUCUCACACGCUCCCCCACCGUAAAGCACCGUGAGCUGCCCACCAUCAGCCUGACCAAGUCCUCCAGCACCCCCAAGUCUGCCUCUGAUACCACCCACCUCUCCCCCAAGUCAGCCGAGUCCCACCACAGCCCCCACCACAGCCCACGCAGGACCAGCCCCACGCCACAUGAGGUUGACACUGCCAGUGAAGUGGAGGAGCUGGACAUCGAUGUAUCCCCAGCGCCUUACACAGCUCUCAGGGGAGCCUCCCAGCUACAGGUGUUCAUUGCCAGAUACAGCUAUAACCCUUAUGAUGGUCCCAAUGAUAACCCAGAGGUGGAGCUGCCUCUCACCGCUGGGGAGUACAUCUAUGUUUAUGGCGGUAUGGAUGACGAUGGCUUCUAUGAAGGAGAGCUGAUGGACGGGCGAAGAGGGCUGGUCCCCUCCAACUUUGUGGAGCGUGUCUCAGACGACGACAUGAUAAGCUCCCACGUUCCAGAGGGCACGGAUAUAUCCCACAACUCCCUGCUGGACAGCAGCCUGCACAGCGCCAGUCACCAGCACCACCUCUGCCUUGGGGGCCCAGGUACCUCUGAGAGGACAGACCCUACGCCAGCAGCCUCCGUCCCGGUUUCUCUCUCUGUCCCCUCAGGGGAGCAGUUCCCCUCGGAUCCAUCCCUCCCAGCCCCCCUCACCAACGGCCUGGAUCUGGACCUAGAGGUGGGGGUGGGCACUGUGCCUUACCCGCGCAAGCUCACCCUCAUCAAGCAGCUGGCCAAGAGCAUCAUCAUCAGCUGGGACGGACCGCUGGUGCCAGCGGGCUGGGGCAACGUGUGGAGCUACAAUGUAUACGUGGACCAGGAGCUGAAGCUCAACGUGCCCUUCGGCUCCCAGACUAAAGCUGUCCUAGAGAGACUAGACGUCACCCUCAAGGCCUACCGGGUGUCUGUGCAGAGCCUGACGGAGCGCGGCAACUCGGACCAGCUCCGUUGCUCAUUACUGGUGGGCAGGGACGUGUGUGUGGCGCCCACCCAGCUCAGAGUCGACCGGGUCACCGCCACCUCGGCCAGCCUGGCCUGGCUGCCGAGCAACAGUAACUAUGUGCAUGUUGUGUCCUUGAACGAGGAGGAGAUGGAACUGGUGAAGGCUGGCAGCUACUCACUGUGCCUCGGUAACCUCACGCCCAGCCUUCAGUACACAGUCAAGGUGGAGGCUCAGCCGCACCAAACCCCCUGGGAGAUUCCCCAGGAGAGACGGGAACACAAGACCGCCACCACCACCUUCACCACGUUGGCCGCAGGCCCCCCAGACGCUCCUCUGGGCGUGCAGCUGGAGCAGGGGCCCUCCCCAGGAAUCGCCCUCAUCAGCUGGCUACCUGUCACCAUCGAUGCUGCUGGGACCUCCAAUGGGGUCCGCGUUACCGGAUACACAAUCUACGCUGACAAGAGAAAGGUGUUGGAGGUGUCAUCCCCAACGGCGGGCAGUGCCCUGAUGGGCCCGUCUCAGAUCCAGUCCCUGAUGGCAGCCCACGAGCUCACUGUGCGCACCAUGUCUGCCCAUGGGGAGUCCAUCGACUCUGUGCCAGUCAACGUGCCCGCCAAGUUGUCCAACAUCAUGACCGGCCAGGCGUCGGCCGCCUCCUGCUCCUCGUCAACCCCCAGUCCCCCGUCAGUCAACCCCUGUCCACCAGUCACCACCCUACCAGUCACCCCCGUCGUCAGUCAACUCCUGUCCACCAGUCACCACCCUACCAGUCACAACCCCUGUCCACCAGUCACCACCCUCCAGUCACCCCCGUUCUCGCCCUCCUACCAGUCCCCCCCAGUGCAUCAGUCAACUCCUGUCCACCAGUCGCCCCCCUACCUGUCUUCGUCACCACCCGUCCAGCCCCAAUCCCCAUCUUACGGGAACUCAGCUGCCAAAGUGUCCACACUGCCCUACGCCACUGCCUCGCCGCCACUAGACGUCGCCCACGCCAUGGGCCCUAACGGAGCCCUCCACACAGAGGCCUGCUCCCCACACCCUGCCUCGUACGCGGAGGUCUGGGCUAACCCCUUAGCAAAAUCUCCUGUCCCCCCUUGGGCUGCCUUGGCAGUGCUUGAGGCUAUGUCAUCUCCAGUAGCACUAAACUAUCAGGCCAAGUUGCCAUCAGUACCGUCAGCCUAUCCGGCCAUGCUACCAUCAGCUUCUCACAUCAACACAACGAGCCCACAUCUAGGCCCAGCAGCGGCCACGGAGCAGAGCAGAGCAGACACAGACCGCCCCAGAGUUCUCCGUCCUGUCAUGUCCAUCACAGACUUUCUCCCUGUGGAGGACGACUCCCGUGUCAACCUUUCAACCCCUGAGCCCUACCCCACCCCGCCCAAGACCCUUGUGCCACCCGCUGGGGACCUCAUCAACCCCCUGGACACACAGCCUCUCCGGCCCCCCAGAGCCCCCUCUCCCCUGGAGUCAGAACCAGACUACUCCAUGGAGAGGCCGACCACACGCUUGGUGUCCAUGGAGGAGUUCCUCUGUCAGGACCAGGACACAGGCUUCAACAGGCAGCAGCGGUAUACCGCCGGUCUGGUGGAGCCAGAGAGCAGUAGGGGGUCUGACCUGUCUGAUAUCCUGGAGGAAGAGGAGGAUGACCUCUACUCUGACCCCCCUGGAUCCGCCCUGGCCCGGGGGUACACCACCGGAGCCAACCGGCCAGACCAGUGGGAGGUUCCGGACAGUGACGAGGAGAUUGUGGAGAAGAUCCUGAAGCUUCCUCCUCAGGCCCAGACUCAGGCCUACCACUACCAUCAGCAGGGUCAUAAUCACCAAAACGAGCACUUGUUCAGCCUCCCAGAGGUCACCGAUGAAGAGGAUAACAGUGUCGACGAGGACUAUGGUCACCGUCGCCACCGCAGGCAGUCCCAAUUCGGGCCCAGCCACCAUCCUGAUGAUCCCCACUACCACAGCCCCAGACACCAACCCCAGCCCCACCACCACCACCACCACCACAGCAGCAGACCUGAAGCCAAAGAGCCUUCACCCAGACACAGUGGUGGUGCUGUUUUUCGGGCCCAGAACAGGGCCCACUACACAGACACAGUAGACAGCACCGGCCACCCUGAGGGGGGGCUGCUGGACACCGGGGGCCGUAGGGAUGUUUGGGUUCCCCGGGCCACCCAGAAGGCCCACCACGGUGGAGGAGGGAGUAAGGCGGGGACAAUGGCUUUGGUAGGCGGACUUGGGGACCGGCUCAGACGAGAAGCCUUGCUACGGAGUCAGAUGGCGGUCGCUGCGUUUACGACCCAGGCCACCGGACACACACCGGGUCCGGGCUCCCACCCGGUCAGCAAGACCGUCCGGAAGGUCAAUUCCCCGGUGGGCUCAGUAACAGAAAUCGACCUUGAGUACGGGACAGACGAGGAGGAGCCGUUGACCUACGACCCCGGGGAACGAGGGGAGGUGGUGGUAGACCAGAUGAGUUCUGAGUGGUGGGUGGAGGGGGUACAGCCCGAACCCCGGCCUCGGCUCCAGGGAAAGCCUGCCCUCCAGGCCAUCGUAGCUACUGCAGCAGAAUGGGAGUCUGGCAGAGACCUGUCGAUGGAGGCUGGUGCAGGGUGGAGCGGACAGCCUGGACUAUCUCCUAAACUGACCAGGUCAGAGGUCAUACAUCAGCUCAAAGAGAGCAUGGAUCAUUCAUGGCCUAUAGGAGACAAUGAGGUGCGUAUCUUUGUGGCUCUGUUCCCCUACGACCCGGUCAACAUGUCUCCCAAUCCCGACGCUGCUGAGGAAGAACUGCCCUUCCGAGAGGGACAAAUCAUCAAGAUCUACGGAGACAAAGACUCGGAUGGAUUCUACCGCGGCGAGUCGAGCGGUCGUCAUGGUUACGUGCCAUGUAACAUGGUGUCAGAGAUUCAGGUGGAGGACGAGGAGACCAGAGAGACACUCCUGCAGCAGGGCUUCCUGUCUACCGCAACAAACAUGGAGAAGAUAGGCACUCGCUCACAUGCACAGCUUCCGCGUCGCCCUGUCCCACCGCCGAAACCGAGACGAUCCAAGAAAGUGGAGGCUGCUGCGCUGUGGGAAGAUAGCUUAGACUCCUCCAGUCAAGAUCCCAGCCAAUCUGCUGUCGCCAUGGCAAACCCGGCGGACACCGGUCCUCGCAGGAUGAAGGCCAUCUUUGAUUACGACCCUCGAGAGAGCUCUCCCAACGCUGACAUCGAGGUGAGCGUCAUGCUGUCUGAACUGACCUUUGGUGCUGGGGACAUCAUCUAUGUGUUUGGUGACAUGGACGAUGAUGGGUUCUUCUAUGGUGACCUGAACGGACACAAGGGCCUGGUCCCAUCUAACUUCCUACAGGCUGCCCCAGAGGCUGCUGGGAAAGCUCCACCAUUUGACCCCCAGCCUCCGUCUGUAUCCGAGCCCAGGACAGAAUCGCAGGUGAGCCUGAGCACAUUCCCAGAGGAGGUUCCACAUCCAGCCCUCCACACAGGGCUGACUGGCCCAGCCCACACACAUCCAGCCCUCCACACAGGGCUGACUGGCCCAGCCCACACACAUCCACCCCUCCACACAGGGCUGACUGGCCCAGCCCACACACAUCCAGCCCUCCACACAGGGCUGACUGGCCCAGCCCACACACAUCCAGCCCCCAGGCUGACUGGCCCAGCCCACACACAUCCAGCCCUCCACACAGGGCUGACUGGCCCAGCCCACACACAUCCAGCCCUCCACACAGGGCUGACUGGCCCAGUCCACACAGACCACCAACACCUGGAUCCGUCCGCAGCAGCAGCCAUGAUGAAACCCUCCUCCAUGGACCCUGCCCCAACCCCAAGGCAAGCCAGCCUCAGCACCUCUCCGCCCCACGUCCCAGCAGAAAGCCCCCCACAGACAGACGUCUCCCCACCAGGCAAGAAAAAGAAAGGCUUGUUCUCCAAAGGGAAGAAGCUUUUCAAAAAGCUGGGAUCCAGCAAGAAGGAUUGAAACUUGGGACAUUUACCACUCAUUGCAGUUUUUGUUGAAAACAGUUUUAUAUCAUUAUCAGUCUUGGUUGUCUUGAGCUAUGCUGUUUGUUUAGUUGUAAUAUUCAGUAACUAUGGAUACACUAAGAUAUUAUACAGCUGAAUACACCUCUUCGAUAUAAUAAUAUUAGACCAGCUGGCAAUAUGUGGAGCGUAUUUUGUGUGUAUCUGAAAUGGCACCCUAUUCCCUAUGUAGUGCACUACUAUAGCACCCUAUUCCAUAUUUAGUGCACUACUAUAGCACCCUAUUCCCUAUAUAGUGCACUACUAUAGCACCCUAUUCCCUAUUUAGUGCACUACUAUAUAGUGCACUACUAUAGCACCCUAUUCCCUAUUUAGUGCACUACUAUAGCACCCUAUUCCCUAUUUAGUGCACUACUAUAGCACCCUAUUCCCUAUUUAGUGCACUACUAUAGCACCCUAUUCCCUAUUUAGUGCACUACUAUAGCACCCUAUUCCCUAUAUAGUGCACUACUAUAGCACCCUAUUCCCUAUAUAGUGCACUACUAUAGCACCCUAUUCCCUAUAUAGUGCACUACUAUAGCACCCUAUUCCCUAUAUAGUUCACUACUAUAGCACCCUAUUCCCUAUAUAGUGCACUACUAUAGCACCCUAUUCCCUAUAUAGUGCACUACUAUAGCACCCUAUUCCCUAUUUAGUGCACUACUUUAGCACCCUAUUCCCUAUUUAGUGCACUACUUUGUGAAUAGGGAGCCAUUGCCGUAUAUGAGACGUGAUGGCAUCAAUUGAGCGCGUGUUUUAAUGAGCACGUUGAAUUAUUUCAGCUCCUAACCUGUUCUGUGCUUACAGACUUCCUCUGAACACCCACUGAUUCCAUGAUAACCUUUAGUAGUCCACUCUGUGAGGGGUUUCUCCUUCACCUUCAUCUGGCAGUAUUAUCUGGAAGGAUUUGAUCAGAUACUGGUGUUAAAAAUGGUGCUUUAGAUUUUCAUUUAGACU